GUCCUGAAAAACAAUACUCUGUAACUUGGGGUGACCACAUUAGUGAAGGAAUUAGGCAUCCCCGGGUGAUUUACCGAACGAGCUGGUAAAGUUUGGAAAGAAAACAAAGUGGGAAUGUGUGCGGACCUACCAGACCCUGCCACCCCUCCGAUGGGCGCGGAAUGGUGCUGGUCCGUCGAUGUGGGGGGCGGGCUCUGAGCAGUUUUUCUCACGUCCGGACAGUCCCGGGCUCCACAUCGCGAUCUGAGUCGCAGAUAAGGGCCAGCCGGGCAGGGAAGCACCACAGUGUCACGCCACACUCCGCAGGACCAGGCCGUCUCUUACACUGAGCAUCUCGGACACUCAUUAUCACUCACUAGGAGAACGUCGCCGGGAUCGGACGUGUGCCUCAGAACCUCCCUCCACCACUACCUGUCCUCUCGCGGAUCCGUCUGCGUCUAGUCAUACACAGAAGUUUAAAAUAUUUACUGCGCCCGGGAUUGAGCUGCGCGCUAGCGGCAAGGACUCCCUCCUAUCAAUCCGCCUUUAUUUGUAUACACGGAAGAAUUGGGGCUAACGAACCGUAGACUUCGGGACGAUCCUGGUUCUCUCUCCCGCCGCUGUUCAGUUAGGCUCAGGACUGACACAUCUGUCGGAUUUUAUUUUGUAUCGAGACGCCGAGGACUUUCGGAUAUCUUCAGCAUGACUCAGGAGGGAACGGUAGAGAACAUCCAGCCCACGGAGACCGCCACCAACACAACCCUGAACGGGGAAACCACCACGGCGACGUCGGCGACCCCGUGCGACGAGAGCGGCAAGAAGAAGACCAACGUCGGCGUGCGUCGACACGAGAAACCGCCCUACUCCUACAUCGCGCUGAUUGUCAUGGCCAUACAGAGUUCCGCCACCAAGAGACUGACUCUCAGCGAGAUCUACCAGUUUCUACAGCAGAGAUUCCCGUUCUUUAGGGGUCCGUAUCAAGGAUGGAAGAACUCAGUACGACACAACCUGUCGCUGAACGAGUGUUUCAUCAAGCUGCCGAAGGGCCUGGGCAGGCCGGGGAAGGGACACUACUGGACAAUCGACCCCGCCAGCGAGUUCAUGUUCGAGGAAGGGUCGUUCCGCCGGAGACCGCGCGGGUUCCGCCGUAAGUGCCAGGCUCUGAAGCCUUACGGCAUGCUGAACAACAUGGUGGGGUCUGCCUCCAUGCUGGGGUACGAUAUGUUGUCGGGAAGCCAGGGCACGGGCACCUCGCCGCUCCAGUCCCUGUCCCCGUGCAGCGCCAACUCGCUGAACGGUAUGGUCAACUCCACCCAGGGCCUCAUGGACACCACGGGACUCAUGAGCUACACGUCCUCGAUGCCUGGCAGUCUCGGCGGGAACCUCAACCAAGCACCGCACGGUGCCGCGGGAGUCGGCGGGACAGGCAGUGCCUACAUGCCGAGCUGCUCUGUCGGCAUGUCCGCUAACGACUACGGGAACGGGCCCAACACGGUCUUCACGUCGCAGACCACCGCGAGCUUGGACAACAUGUCGUCGGGCUACACGAUGUCCUGGGCCCCCGCGCCCACGGGGCACGCCCGCUACAUCAAGCAGCAGCAGGACUGUGGGGUGGGGAACACCGUCAGCCCCACCCCUGCCGCCGUGUCCCCACCCAUGCACGCCAUGACGCCCGUGACCCAGGGGGAGACGGUACAACAACAGCAGCAGCAGCAUUACCUGCCGCAACACAGCACACAGGACGUGUCAGACAUGGCAGGUAACAUGUCCAUGCGGGGUCUACAGUCCAUGGCAGACUCCAGCAUGUGCGACCGCAAACCGAGCUACCUUCUCUCCUCUCUACAGUCCAGUAUACACACCGGGUACUACGACACCAAAUGUUCUAUGUAGAUAGUCCAACGGGACUCCGUUCUAUUUAUACAAGGUAAAAGAGUAAUGAUAAUGAGUAUUUUGUAGUACUGCAGUGUUAGGAUAUCAUGUGCGUACAUGGCUGUAUAAUGAGGAUAAACUAUGUCAGAACAACAGCCAUAGUCUCAGAAAAUAUCAAGUGCCUUACCGUAGAUAUAUGGAAAUCUCUUACGAUUUAUUGCUCAUAAAACAAAACUAUAAAAUGAGAAUUUAUACGUUGAAGGAUAGAUAAUUGUGCUCGUCUCUGACACAAGACAAUGUACAAUGACAUAGCAGAUUUACAGUGUAUUCAAGCGUAAUGUGUUAUAGGGUUAUAGUGCAUUUGUAUCUAUGAUGUUCACAUUCUGCUGUGCUUUGUAUUCAUGAAAUAGGAAAUGUUUCUCUACAAUAUCAAACGUAGGAAAUAUAAGUUUGUUCUGCUGAUAGCUAAAGUUGUUGUAGAACAGUGCCCAGUGUCAUCAUCGGCUGAAGAUUUAGGAAAAAUGACUUUAUUGAAGAAGCGUAUUUGAGGAUUAUGUUAUUAUUUUACUUCUCAAAGUUGCCAAUGAAGAUUUAAUUUUGUACAGUUUUUUUCUUGUUUCAUUCCAUGUUAUUUUAUCACAUAUAUAUCACAUCGUAUAUCAUUAAGAUUAACGUUACAAAUGUAUCAUAUCACGUAGCAUGUUCUUGCAUAUUCUAGUCGCGAACAUUCCAUGUUUAUAAACGAUCUUGUAUGUAAAGAUAGACGAAUGUAUACAGCACUUAUUUUCCUAUAAUUACCUGUACAGCGAGUUGAUUCACAUGCAGCAAAGUAGGAGCCAGAUGCUGUGAUACUGAUAGCGAUGUUUAUAGUCGGAAAAGUUGAAUAUUUUUGUAAUUAGAUGAUGACAGCCACUUAGAGUCUGAACUACAUACCGACAACUGACAUGUGUUACACGAAAUCCAUUUAGUGUAACGUUAUAGUGGAGCUCACUCCACCUGAAACAGAGGAGACACACUUUGGAAUAUUUCCUUCUGUAGUAUUUACAUGUCCUGUGUCUGGACGGAAAGACAAAAAUAAAGACCUGUAUUUUGAUG